GCUGUAUGGGGGCACUGCAAUGAGCUUCAACAUCCACCAGUUAUUGCACCUGCCGAGGUGGCUCGUCACUUCGGUCCACUCUGGGGCCACUCGUCAUUUGUCUUCGAGGGAGGCCACGGGCUUUCACGAGGGGGUGGCCUCAAUAGCCUCUGAACUGCUCAAGUGGGGAGUCGUCGGCUCAUUCCUGAUUUGCUGGCUGGAAGCUUCGCAAAAGAACGAGACCCGCUUCAAGCGGCCAGCACCGUGGACACUCAGAGACAUUGCCUGCCUGCUCCUCAGCAUUGCUUCGUCAGCCUCCGCCAUUCGAAAGGGCGUCUAUGUGCUCCACGACCAAAUCCUUUUCAUAGGACACUGCCCCUCAAUGCUGAGAGAAGCCUCGGCACACAUUGCAACCGGCAUUGGUCUUGCGGGCCUCAGCCUCAUCUCAUCGCUGAGACGGAGACGGGGACUUGGCGUCUCAGGCCUGACCUGUUUUGUGAUGGGCAUGAUAUUCACGGCGACCGUGGUGGACCUACUGACACUUCAGCAGAGCCUCAUAAUGAACCAAGAAAUCGCUCUUUCAGACUUACAUUAUCAAAAACCCAUCGUGCUCCUAACUGGGUUAUUGGCCUGUUUUACGUUGGGAUGCUUCAUAUUCUCUGGACUUCGUGACGUCGUGGUUUACGACAGACGUACAUUAAAGAUACGGAAAUCCACGGAUGAAGAUACCCACUCACCCUUCUGUAUACUGAUGGUGUUCGCCAUCUACAAACAUUUGAAGAACGUUUUUCUGCUCUCAAAGACGGUCGUCAGUGACCUACCUGCAAUUAGGAAGCGCCUGGCAAGCUCGUUAUUGGCGGCUAAAUUACACUCUCGGCUGGUUGGCGCAAGCCAAGGAACUUCAAACCGGACCCCUUUCGUCAUGGCCGUACUUCGCGUUCUCGGGAUAGACAUUUUCUGGGUGAUGGUGGUGACCUUCGCCUACUACGGCUGCCUCAUUGCCAGGAUACCCAUUUUGGAGUAA